AUGUACAACGGUAAGACAAGCGAAAUCCCGAUUUCCACGGAUGGAGGACCCCCGAAAGAACCUGCCGCUGAAACCUCCAUAAGUGAGGAUCUGUUUGAUGAAUUUGUGUACGACAAUGAGGCCUUGGAAGAAGCCGAAGGGUAUUUCACCGAAGGGACCCUUGACGACGAACUCUUUGAAAACCCACGAACUAUCCUUGGAAGUAAAGUUAGAGGAAAGCAAAAGGACCGUGCCCGUGGGAUGCUGCUCGCGGAAAAGGGAAUUUUCGCAAAUGGAACGAAUGACCUAGGACAAACAGAUGUCGUGACGCAUGAAAUAGACACCGGCAAUUUUUUGGGCCAUGUCAUUGGUCGUGAUGGAGUCCGUCCUGACGACGGAAAGGACUUGCGUCCUAUUAUCGGAAGUUUAUUGCAAACUUCGCCUCGAUCGCCCGCCCCCUCAACAACUAACGAAGGCACCGGUGCUUCAUUACCCGAAUUUCGACAAGACGUUCAUCGUCCACGCCGAUGCAUCUGGAACAGGCCUGGGUACCGUGUUGGCCCAGAAGGACGAUUUGGGAAAAGA